CAAUUUUCAGGGAAACAAAAAGAAUAUCAUGACUUUUGUUACGUUGUUUCACUUUAAUAAUGAUUAUUUUGAUGGGGCAAUGUACACAAUUACCUACAGGUAAUUGGUAAUUAUUCUCAGACAAUAGUUUGAAUCGGAAAGUAAUUUUCCAAUCAGAUAUGAAAAUGGAUUCAAUUUCGAACAAUCAAUAAAAGACCGUAUCAGUUAAUUUCAGGAGCUCUUUAAUUUCCUGUGCAUCAUACCAUCGACAUUUGAUGAUUUUUAUUCAUUCGUUCUCAGACAAUGGCAGGAUUCGGCUUUAUUCGUAAAUUGAUAUGGACAUUCUCUCUCAUUUCUCUUGGGUAUCCCAAGGACUACAGCUACAGGUUCAAUAACGAAUAUGCCAGAGGUAUCAGUGGUAAUACAUCUUACCUGAAACUGAAUUAUUUCACAUUCGAUAAAUACAACCGAACAAUGAAAGCUGCAAAUGUGGAAUUCGAUUUCCUGGGGGAAACUGUAGACAAAAACAACAACGCUAUUGAUGUGAUUUUCCAUUUUUCCAUAUUCAAGUCGAAUCAGUAUAGAAAGACUCCAAUAGCAUUUCCUGCGAAACUAUGCGACAUUCUAGGGACGGAACAAUUUGACAUACCAAACAUAACGAAGAAUUCCACACUUCGGAAUUGUCCCGUUCGCAAGGGUCACCACUAUAUGUACAACGUAAUGUUAACGUCUAAUGGAUGGCCAAAAUCUCUACCCGCGGGAAGGUUUCUCUUGGAUGUGAAAUUUAUGUAUAAAAAUGUGAUGAUUAUUCAAAUCGAAUGGUUUCUGGAAAUAAUAACUCUGUAAUAAGAGUUCACACUUAUGAAUAAGUGUUAAUGAAGUACUGUUCAAAAAUAAAUUUCAAAAAUUUGUG